UGCAGCAAUCAUAUACGACAAUACGGCGAGUUCGCUCGCGGCAGCGAGACGCGCUGUGAAAUUCCCAUUGAGGAAUAUUUCGUGUUUGCGACUGUAUUUUACAAAAUAAACUCGUAUUCACGGGUUUUCAAAUGUACGAGGCGUUUUUAAAGUGUCUGGUGCUUAGGUCGUUUCACGUGAUAAUUGAAACCGUGUAAAUCAAACAAGGAAAUAACAGUGAACGAGUGACCGACAAUAAGUGUCAUAGUGUAAUUUAUCUUUUGGUUCCGUUAUAAAAUAGUUGUUCCCCAUUUAUUUGUUUUUUUCAACGGACAAAUUUUCACUGAACACUCGAUUACGACGCAAUUACGAAUAUACCGAAAUUUUGAGAUUUUGUUAUACUUUUUUUUUCUGAACUACAUGUGGAAAGUAUUUAUCACCAUAAACUUUGACAAAUAGUGCGUCAUACAGUGCCGAGAUGUAAAUUAAAAUUAACUGUUGUAGGAUAAAAGGGUUAUUGAUGGUCAUAAUAAGUUGGAAGAAAAAUUAUAAACUAAUCAAAUUGUAAACAAAUGAGAACAAAUAUUGUGAAAGAAAUUUGACAAGUUAAAAUUUUAAAAACCGUUUUCAUACAUCAAAAAAUAUAAUAUCGGUAACGUCGCGCCGUCCGUUCAUGGACGAGUGAAUUUCAUGAAAGAGAUAACGAGUUUCCUUAUCGGUUUGACGCCAUAUUGCACAGGAGAAAAAAAUUACAAUAAAAUAAAAAAGAGAGCGGGAGAUACUUUCUUCAACGAGGCGAAGUUCUGAUGACGCUGACAAUCUUCAGUCGUCGGAAAAACGUUGUCGGAUAUGCAGAUCGCGAUGUCAUUAUCGAGUAAAUCGUAAAGCUUCUCGGGGACAAUUAAAGUUUUAAAUACAGACAAGAUUAAAUCUAUUAUGCUUGCAAUUCAAACUGAAAAAAAUAUUUUUCGUGAGAGAUGAAUCGAUCACCAAAAGCAAAUCGCAGUUUCCUUCACGGAUCAAGUAGUAAAGCUGAUCAAUCGUCAAAUAAGGUUGCCUAUGCAACACUUGACAGUUUGGCAUUAAGACGGACCAGACUACCCUUAUGUCUGGUGCCAAUUGACGAAUCGCAUCCUAAUAAGGGAGAGAAAGUCGAGAAAGAAGAAAAAAAGGAAAAACGCAAUGUAAAUAGAAAGAAAUCUUCACGACAACCGAGUUUCAAAAUUAGGUCUGGUGCUAGUACCCAAUGGAAGCAUCGUGCCACAAGAUCGUCUGGUAAAGUGCAUAAUGUUUUUCUCAGAGAAACAUGCAUUGGCACAGGGAAUAUUGCCAAUGGUGUGAAUGUAAGACUACAAGUCCGUCAGGGAUUCGCAAAGAAUGGUUCCCGAGUACAAAUCCAGCGAAUACCUGAGACUGUACCAGAGCUCCUGGAGCAAUUGCUGGGUAUACAAAACAAUGAGAAUAUUGCACAUAAAAAUUCUAAUCGCUCAAAAAGUAUUAAAAAAUGUUGCUCAAAUGUUCAAGAGGAUGGAAGAGUUGGAUUUAAGAUAUUGGACAGGGCCAUCAGUAAUUAUCCUGAAAAUAAAGUAUCUAAAGUAAAGAACAAUAUUCAAAUUAAGUCUUUGGAGAGAUCACCAACAAAAUAUGUUCCUGAUGAGGUCAUAAUCAAGUCUGAGAAAUUAGAUCAGCAUUAUGAAGAAUUUAAAAAUCCAUUGGCCAUAGUGAAUUGUGGAAAACGUAGUGAUUGUGAUAUUAAGGAACCUGAACAGAAGAAUGAUGAGUUGUGUAGCAGUGUUUCGCAGGAGAAAAAUAAUCAUGAGCAAAAGUUUGAAAAUUCUGACUUUAAGAAUGAUCAGAAACUAUUUGACACCAAGAAAAGGUCUGACCUAGGGUUUGCAAAAAAUGUUUUCAACUAUGUUCCAAUGACAAGUCGUACAAAGAGCCUCAAGAAGUUAAAAAAGAAGACAGUUUCCACAGACACGCUGAAGACCAAAUCUCACAGUCUUAAAUCUCUAACAAUUUCUGAGCCUAGCAAUUUUGUACAUAUAGCAUCAGCCACUAACUCUAAGCUUCUGAAUGCAGGAAAGACUUUUGCCAGUUCACAAGUGACUGAAGUGAUAACACAUAAAGAAAAAUGUGCCACGUUGCCACUCUUGGUCAGCACAAAUCCUUAUUCCAGCAUAGACUUUAUCAACUUAAGCUCCGACGACAAGUCUGCAAAUAAUACAAAAGAUAUCAGAUUAUCAGAAGACAGCGACAAAACUAAUUAUGUGGAGAUCAGAAGUAAGGAACCUUUGAAAAGGACGUAUGCCAUUGAUAAACUUUCUUCUAGCCUUGAGAAGAUUCAGAUUGAUAAAAGAGAAGUUGAUCAGAUUUAUGAGUGUAUAUCACGAUUUUCCACAGGUAAUACAGCCUCGGCAUUAUUACCUAGUUUGGAUGCAACUGCUAACAGCUUGCCAUUAAAUCUAAAUCAAGAAUCAAAUAUUAAUACAGAUUCAGCUUCACCGAUAUCAACUAACUGUGAAGGUUCAGAAGAAAAAAUCUAUGAGACUGUAUUUCAAUCUAGUUCUGCAUCAAGCUCUUCCCCUGUAAAUGUUAGUACACCUGUAGGUGUCAACUCUAUUCUACACCACUACACUGAGGCUGAAUCUCAUUAUGCAGAUUUAAAUCUUACUACAGUAAAUUCUGCAUUAGUAAUAAGGGCAAACUCGAGUUUCUUAUGGGGUAGUAUGACAACAGGACGCAGUGGUGUAUGCGUCAACGUACAAAAUGUCAAUUCGUCAGCAUUUGAUAAUAAAUCACCAAUGACAGUAUUAAAAUCCGAUGACUCAUCAUCAAAAAGCAACAGAGAAUUGACGAAUACUGUGAAUAAUGAAGAUUACGAUGACGUGGGUCUAACCGAUAAAUUCACUAAUGAUUAUGAAUAUGACGACGUAGGUCCACCUGGUGAUGUUAUAAUAGCAGCAGAAGAAAUUAAAAAUCAGGAGAGUGUAAAUUCUGCUACUGUGAAAGUGAAUGAAAAAUUUAAAAAUUACGUAUCUGUAAAUGACGAUAACGAGGAAGUGUAUGACGAUGUGGUCGUGUUGAACUAUGAUUCUACUGGCAAUUUGUCAUCCUCAAGUACGCAGGCUGAGAGCAGCAGUUACAUGACACCGUACCUUGUGACUCGAAAAGCCUCGUUUCGGCAUAAGGAUCAGGAAGUAGUGUUGAGAAAUGCGGAGACACAAUAUCUCAUUGUAAAUAACGAGUACUCUAGCGUCGAAGAUGAACCGGAAGCUGGACUGUACGAUGAUAUAGAUCUUCUGAGUCAGGAACGUGUUAAUAGUCUCUAUGCUGGAAGUAGCGCAGGUUCUCAGCUGGGUUCUACCUCCAAUGGUAAAGACUCGGAAUGGGAAGACCUUGACGAUACUCCACCAGCAUUACCUUUACCCAGAAGAAAUGGACCAAGGGUUAUUGGAGAGGUUCAGAACAUAACACUUAAGAAGAAACUUGGACCUAGAUGGUAUCGAAAUGUUCGAAAACAACGUUCGAAAACGUCUAGGAAAAGCUCGACAAAAUCAUUGAAUCAAGUCACGCAAGAUUCUAUAUCGGUUGAUGCCACUUCGGAUGACAGCAACUACGAGACACUGUAUUCCUCCCAGGUGGAUGAGUUCAGUACCGACUCUGAGUCAGAAUCCUUCAACAAAGAGCAAAACUUGACAUCAACAGGAAUCUUGUACGAGAAACGUAACUAUUGUAACAACAACAAUGACAACAAACUUGAUGUAAGAAAGAAUUCUGAGGUAAAAGUGGACGAAGCGCCUUUACGACCUACUCCACCUACUCCUCGUGAACCUAGUAUUACUCAGACAUUGGGUAGACGGAUGAAGAUUCUAAGGCGUACUUGGAGCUUCACUAAGGGCAGCUUAGGCAGGAUGCGAAAGAGAACUGAACCAGAAACAAGUUUCGACGAGACUCCAGUUAAGCAACAAAAUAUAAAUGAUGCUCGCAAAUACUUUAGCUUCAAGAAACACUUUCGCAAGUCUAUAACAGGAUUGUCCACGUUCUACCUGGAGAAUAGCACCGAUUCCAAUUAUCUAAGAGAGGAAGCUCCGACUAAGGAAGAAAUUUACGCUAAUGCUAACUUAUAUACGCGAGCUGGACUUUGGAAGGAUGAUAAUCAAUCUGUAGAAGAUGAUGUCAGUACACCUGAUCAUUACAGUGUCCUUGCCGAAGAACCUCUUUAUCAGUUCUAUGCUGCUGCAGUCGCAAGAGUAGCAUUCGAGUCUGAUUCCGAUGGAUACGAAGAGGUAAAUGACGUAACUCCGUCACCAGCAACCACAGACCUUGGUAAACCUGGACACAGAACGUUAUGGUGCCAAACUCCUCAAGUGAUACACAGUGGCCUUUUACAGAGAUUAACAAUGGAAGAACGUAAAAUCCAGGAAGCCAAGUUUGAAAUUUUAACGUCAGAAGCUUCUUACCUAAAUUCUUUACGUGUCCUUGAAAAUGAAUUCGCAUCAAAUUACGAACUGAAUAAUGAAAUCUUAACGACCUUGGAAAGGAAUAAAUUGUUUGGUGGACUCUCGGCUGUUCGUAUGACCUCGGAGAAAUUAUUGACUGACCUCGAGAACAUUUGGCGUGACGAUCCACUGCUUGGAGACUUACCCGAUGCACUCCUUAAGCAUGCUGAGAAAUGUUCUACUACCUAUAUUCAAUAUUGCUCGAAUCAAGUCACCAUAGAUACUGUACUAAAGGAGUUGAGAACUAGAAAAGGAUCAAAGUUUGUCGAAGUCAUUUCUAAUAUUGAAGCACAUCCUGCGUGUCAGAGUCUGUCGCUCCAUUCAUUUUUGAUGUUACCAAUGCAACGAAUUACAAGGUUACCAUUGUUAGCAGAUGCAGUUCUAUCGAAAUUACCAACCGAGCACACAGAGAGAUCAGUAUGGGAAAGCGUGUUAGCAAGGCUUACUCAGGUUGUUGCAGAUUGUAACGAGGGUGCAAGAGUCGCAGGACAACGCGUGGAGAUGGAUGCUCUUGCAAGAAAAUUGGAAUACUCGGCCAAAGUUACACCCGUAUCAUUACGUGACAAGUACCUAGUACGUAGUGGAGCUGUAGUUCAACUAUCAGGGAGGACAGAUGCAGAGUACAGAUUGACAUUUGGCAAGAAGUUCCAUAAGACACCGCUUUACAUAUUCCUAUUGACAGAUUACCUUUUAGUUUCAAAACCUAAAAUAAGUGCCCACGACGAGACGUACACAGUAAUUGACACUUGCAAGCGGAAUUUAGUAGCUCUGGAAACAGCGUCGGAAGAUUCGCUAUUCGCAGGUCGUAACGCCAUGAUUCUAACGUUACUGGAAAAUUAUCAGGGUCGUGAGGCAGAGUAUGUGGUGACAUGCGAUAGCGACACCGAACGACAGAGAUGGCUUGAUGCUGUGUCGUCACCUAAAUCUGAGCUUGUCGGCGAGAGACUCUAUGAAAGCUGGGAUUGUCCUCAGGUGAUGGCGCUCUAUUCAUAUUCACCUAGACAACCGGACGAGCUUGCUUUGCAACCAGGGGACGUUAUCAAUGUCUUGAGAAAGAUGAUAGAUGGUUGGCACCAUGGUGAAAAACUUUUAGAUGGCGAGCAGGGAUGGUUUCCGGGCAAUUAUACGAAGGAAGUUGCUUCGGAACAUGUUCGGGCACGAAAUUUGCGCCAGAGACAUCGGAUACUGGCACUUAGUGGUAAUAUUCUUCAGCGACGAGCUAAGCGAGUAUAGUAAAUAUUUAAUGAAAAAGUUAUCUAGCUUUACGACAUUCCAAAACUAUUUUUGUUUUUUAAUAAUAGAGGUCAGAAGUGCUUUAUGUGAAAUAUUUUGACAAUCCUUUUUUUAUAUUUGAGAAUAGUUCAUCGGGAUACAAGUAUGGCCAAGUGCGAUAUUUGAUAAGAAAGUUAGUCAAAUUGUAUACGGGAGUAUAAUCGAAGUACACAGCGUGACAUGAAAGCAAAUAAGGCAUUGUGAUACUCGUCUAUUUUUAGCACUCUCGCACUAUUCUAGCUAUUUAUUUUUUAUCAAUUUUGCGUAAUUUUUGUAUGCUCACAGUCUUCAUAUCACGAAUUAAAUGGAGGGAAGGGGCGUCCCCUUCGAGAAUAAUAUUGGAACUGUAUCAAGUAUUUUCUGACCAAUCAAAUCGUCAUGGACUGCCGUUACUUCUGUUUCAUUUAAACAUUUUGUUUACAUUUAAACGGACAGGUCUAUCUUUUCUGUCAGAGGAAGAACGCGAUUGUACACGAAUUUUGACGAAAUAAAUAAUAGUCGAAAAUAAGUCUUUUUCUUAACAAGUUUAAUAAAUGUUUAAGAAACAACAGCUUAAUACGUUAAAGUAUUUGUGUUAUAUAUUUCCUUUAAAUAUAUGUUAUAUAUAUAUGAAUUGUGUUAUAUAUUUUCUACUAAAAUCGUUGAAAUAAAGACUAAAAUAAUUCUC